GCGGCAUCAUGAAGUGUGACGUCAUCGCCAGCGGCAUCGUCAACGCGGCCAAGCAGGUGCGCUGGCGGUCCCCGCACCGCUCCCACCGUGCCGGCAGCAACGGCGACGAAAACGAGGGGGAGGUGGGCAUCAACGUGCCCUUGGUGGUGCGGCUGGAGGGCACCAACGUGGAGGCGGGUAAGGAGAUCCUCAAGGGCAGCCAGAUGAAGAUCAUCGCCGCCGACGACCUUGACGACGCCGCGGUCAAGGCCGUCGCAGCCCUGGCGUGA